GGGGGGGGGUGUAGUCUAGGUGCUAAAGGUCACUAUAAAUACAGAGGGGCUCCGCAUUCCCACUCAGAGUGACAUCGGCGCCGAGUGAGGCAGGUAACCAUCACCUUCUGCAGCAGGAGAUCCCCAGGAACCAUGAAGCUACAGCUGCCCAACCCAGGUCUGGAGGAGCGGAUCCCGUCCCACCAGGAGCUGGAGAAGAUGGAGGUGGAGGAGGCUGGGGACAGACCCAAAUGGGACAAUAAGGCUCAGUACAUGCUGACCUGUGUGGGCUUCUGUGUGGGUCUGGGUAACGUCUGGAGAUUCCCCUACCUGUGCCAGAGUCACGGAGGAGGCGCGUUCAUGAUCCCGUUCCUGAUCCUGCUGGUCCUGGAGGGAAUCCCCCUGCUGCACCUGGAGUUUGCCAUCGGCCAGCGACUCAGGAAGGGCAGCGUGGGGGUCUGGACGGCCAUUCAUCCCUACCUCACCGGUGUGGGAAUCGCAUCCAUGUUUGUCUCCUUCCUGGUUGGACUGUACUACAACACCAUCAUUGCCUGGGUCAUGUGGUACUUCUUCAACUCCUUCCAGGAGCCGCUGCCAUGGAGUCAAUGUCCUAUCAAUGAAAACAAAACAGGCCUGGUGUCAGAGUGCGCCAGGAGCUCCCCAGUGGAUUACUUCUGGUACCGGGAGACCCUCAAUAUCUCAACAGCCAUAGAGGAUUCUGGGGGCCUGCAGUGGUGGUUGGUCCUGUGCCUGAUAUGUGCCUGGACUGUGCUCUAUGUCUGCUGCAUCAGGGGCAUCGAGACCACUGGCAAGGCUGUGUAUGUGACCUCGUCCCUGCCGUAUGUGGUAAUCACCAUCUUCCUGAUAAGAGGAUUGACCCUAAAAGGGUCUUUAAACGGGAUAAAGUUCCUCUUCACUCCAAAUCUGAAAGAGCUGGCGAACCCAGCGACCUGGCUAGAUGCUGGAGCCCAGGUCUUCUACUCAUUCUCCUUGGCCUUUGGGGGUCUCAUCUCCUUCUCCAGCUACAACUCAGUACACAACAACUGUGAACAGGAUGCUGUGAUUAUUUCACUGAUCAAUGGCUUGACAUCCGUUUACUCUGCCACUGUCAUCUACUCCAUCAUCGGCUUCCGUGCCACUGAGAAGUAUGGCGACUGCUUCAGCAAAAAUAUUCUGGAGCUGAUGAAUGCAUUUGGUCUUCCUGAGGGAGCCAUCACAGAAAAUAAUUAUACAGAAGCUCUACAUAAAUUCAACAGCACACAUCCACAGACCAUUCAGAAUCUGACCCUGAGGAGUUGUGAUAUGCAGGUCUUUCUCAGUGAGGGUGUGGAGGGCACCGGUCUGGCCUUUAUCGUCUUCACAGAGGCCAUCACCAAGAUGCCAUUUUCUCCACUGUGGUCCAUCCUCUUCUUCAUCAUGCUCUUCUGUCUGGGGUUGUCCACCAUGUUCGGCAACAUGGAGGGUGUGGUCGCACCCCUGCAGGACCUCAAAGUCUUUCCUAAAAAUUGGCCGAAGGAGGUAUUUACAGGUCUGACGUGUCUGGUCUCCUUCAUCAUAGCUGUGAUAUUUGUGCAGAGGUCCGGUAACUACUGGCUGGCUCUGUUUGACAGCUUUGCUGGUUCUAUCCCAUUACUGAUCAUCGCGUUCUGCGAGAUGGUGUCUGUGGUUUACAUCUAUGGGAUAGACAGGUUCAACGAGGACGUUGAGUUCAUGAUUGGCCAUAAACCCAACAUCUUCUGGCAGGCAACAUGGAGGGUCAUCAGCCCAUUGAUCAUGCUAAUCAUCUUCCUCUUUUACUUCAUCACCAAAGUCAGGGAGACACUGAUCUACAAGACUUGGGAUCCAGCAUCGAAGAACUUCCCGACUCUGGCAGAGACGCAUUACCCAAAUUGGAUCUACGUUAUAAUAUUCCUCUUAGCCGGAUUACCCAGUCUUGCUGUCCCUUGUGUGGCUGUCUUCAAAUUCAUCAGGAAUUCCAGAAAGAAUGCAAGUCAGGAAUUCAAGACCAAGGAAGUCACCACCAUCUCUGCCAGAAUAGAAAUGAUAGAAAAAUGAACACUGAAGACACUUUCAAAGGAAGACUGCGUAAUACAAAAUUGUUGAGCUUUGUCUGUUUUUUUUUUUUUUUUUUGAUCGAUAAUCUUCCACAUUGAGGCUGAGCCUUGACAACUGAGCCAUGGACUCACAGAUGACAGCAUGAGUUUCAAACUCAGGGAAGCCAGUUUUUAAACGUAAAAUAUAAUUACAAAUAUGUUCAAGCCAAUAGAGAAACUCCUGUGCACCUGGACGUCACAUUGUUUAUGAGCGGAAUUCAAUGUAAGGGAAGGGAAAUCUGUAAUUUAGUUAUAAUUUAAACCAAGUGCACAAGACAGACUUCCAGUGUCACCAUCCAAAGGAUAACUUAGAAUAACAUUUUUACUAUUGAUUCACUAAGACAUAAACAUGUACAGCCAAUGUUACAUCAGUUAAUAGGUCCUGUGCGAUCUGAACAUGAUACCUUUGCUUAAUGAAUACCUCAGUAAUUUGGUAAGACUAUUACACACACAAGCAUUUAUGUUUUACAAACACAUUAAGGCAUGAAUCAUGCUUGAUGGCUGUACUGUAAAUUUAAACUUCAACUUAAAAGGCAAUGAAAAUAACCAAACACAUGAUAACAUUAUGGGGUAGAAAAAGUUUUUGCUUUGUAUUAAAAAUGUUAAAUUAUAAAAUGUGGCAUGUUUAACCUUAACUAUUUGCUAAAAUAGCAAAAUUAUGCAUAUAUAUUUAAUAAUACCUAAAUACAUAAUUUUAAAUAUCAUACUGACUAUUCACUUUAAAAAAAAAAAAAAACAUACACUCUGUUGUGUUUCUUGUAACCUUUCAUCACAAAAUAUGCAGAAAUGUAUAUAAUAUACAAUGUGAACUAUAACCAGCAACAUAAUUAAAUAAAUAUAUUUACUGUCAGCAGAGAUGGAAAGUUCAGGUCCAGAAAGGACAAAUCCAGACUCUGUGAAUGUGACACUUUAUACUCAACUGGUUGGUUGAAACAAAAUCUUGGUCAGGAUAUGUACUUCCUGAACCUGAACGUUCUGUCUCUGACUGUCAGUGCUAUUUAGUUACUUGAACAAUAGAAGCAACAAAAUUACUGUAUAAGGCAUAAAGAUGUGCUGUAUUUAAAAAAGGCAUACAAGCAUUUUUUAUACCGAAAAUAUUUUUUAUAUCUCAGCUGUUACCAUAUUUAAUUUUGGAUGGAUUGCAAUAGGAAACUGCAUUGUACCCAUUUUCUGUCCAAGCUACUAUAUGUGGGUGGAACUGCUGGAAAUCUCUGAUUGGUUGGUAAGAGGGUUUGAGGUGAUUGAUGUCAGAGACACAAAGGGGGUGUGGCUCAGGUGACUUUUAUUGCCUCAGCGGCCAGAAACUAAAAGACAAUGAAUAUGAUAGGGUGGGCAAGAAAGACUAUUCACUGGAGGAAGCUUGAUUGGUUAUUAGAUUCUAAGUUCUAAAUGUAACCUCAUGCAUUUUUAAAAAUAAAUUCUUUGAAGUUCUCUGUG